AUGUUAAAACACACGGCCAGGCAGGGCUCCUUUGAUUUUGCUUUUUAUAUGUAUGGAAGUAGUAUUAAUUUGGAAAAGCCAAAGUACAAAAUUAUUACAAAUCUCUAUUUGGUUUUGUUCAUNGUAAAAGAAAUGCAGGAAUUAGUAGGCUGUCCACCUGAAGGAAUAAAAGUUCAAAUCAAUGAAGAAGAUGUUACUGAUAUACAAGCAGUUAUUGAAGGCCCUGCUGGAACUCCUUAUGUAAAUGGUUUAUUUCGUGUAAAACUGGCAUUGAGUAAAGAUUUUCCUCAGUCUCCUCCAAAAGCAUUUUUCUUAACAAAAAUAUUUCAUCCAAAUGUAGCAGCAAAUGGAGAGAUAUGCGUUAACACACUAAAAAGGGAUUGGAAACCAGAUCUCGGUAUUAAACAUAUACUUCUUACAAUAAAAUGCCUAUUAAUUGUUCCAAAUGCAGAAUCAGCAUUAAAUGAAGAAGCAGGAAAACUUCUAUUAGAACAUUAUGAUGACUAUUCCCAAAGAGCCAAAAUGAUGACUGAAAUUCAUGCUCAAGUGAGUGGCGAUAUC